CAACAAAUGUAGAAAGUGCUUUUUUGAAAAUAUUUGUUUGGAACAAGCAGCGUUGUGAAAUUUUAAGAUCCUAAAAAUGCCAUUUCAGUUAGGAAGUGAUGCUAUUAGAAGAACUAUUCCCUAUUUAAAGCGAGGGAAAUUAUUACUUAGAAAGAAUGUAAAAAUUAUGACUAUUUUCUACAAUGAUGAAGGAGCUCAUCAUCAAGGAGCUAAGGAUUUUGUAUAUUGGAACUUCCCUCAGGUGCAAUACAAAAACCCAGAUGUUCAAGUCCUUUUUUAUAAAAAUAAGUUUCCAACUCCAUUCAUUCGAUGCUGGCUUGAUACAGGAGAAGAUGUGUUGAUAGAUGUGUUUAAUAAAUCUAAUGUUGAAAUUAUGAAUCACCUUGUUAAAAUUUUAGGUCUGCCUGAUGUACAAGAAGCUACAGAAAAGAAAGAGGAACUUGAAAAUUUAUGUAAAUUUGGAAGUGGUUACCCAAGGCAUUGUAUGUGUGAAAUACCUGGUCAAGUCCCAUGUCCUCAAGUUGUACCUUUACCUAAAGAAAUGACUGGAAAAUAUAAAUCAGAAAACAAAUUGCAUCCUCCUAGAGGUCAAGUGAGAUAUUAAAUGAACAUAAUUUAUAUACCUAAGUUUAUUGCUGUUUCAAUAGGGGAUGAAUACAGUGUAUUUUUUAGUGAUAAGUGAAUAAUUAAAAGUUUUAG